GGGUGUAACUUGUAAGGAUUAAAAGGUGCGUGACGUGGGAGGGAAGAACUAAGGCAGGAGAACAGAGGAUGAUGAGGUGGUAUUCGCGUCGUUUCUCCCGGACAGUUUGUCUUUGGCUGGCCUUCAUCUCCGUCACUCUCCACCUCCUCCUGGUUGCCCUUUCUCCGUUUGUCUACCAGAGCUCCUGCAAGCCCCCCACCUCUCGCCAGACACACCCCUACACCCUCCGAGCCCUGGCAUACACUAAUGACACCUCUACCGGAUCAGACAGCCAUGCCAGCCAUGCCAACCAAGCCAAGAUGCCUCCGGAUGCUAGAAAAGUGGACCCUUCCAAAAUGGACACCACCAGGCAUCACAAAAUAACCAAAAUGGAUGCUACCAAAAUGUCAACUGAGAUAGGUAAUGGACCUUCCAGCCCAGUAAACAUGGGUGACAGGAUAGGGCGGUCUGGCUCGAUGGGGUCUGGGUUGUCGAAGUUAGAUGCUCUUUUCAGCCAUCCACUCUACGACGUCCCCACUCUGCCCAUCCCCGAAGAGGAUUGGCUGAUGAGGAUAAAGCCAAAAGUAACAAGCGGGAGGAGCACACAGAUGUGGGUGAGUGACCCUGAAAUCGACUAUGAUCCGGCCCACUGGAACAGUACCAGUGACAGCCAACCGCCCUGGCUGCGAUUCCACCUUGGCAUCUCCCGUAGGCAGCUGUACCCCCACCGAGACCCCAACAUGCCAUCUCUCAUCCAGCAGCUCAGUAAACACCGCAUCGUCAGUGCAGUGCAGAAGUCCGGAGGGACGCAGCUCAAGCUGGUGAUGUCAUUUCCUAACUACGGGCAGGCCAUGCUCAAACCAAUGAAACAGGAGCGAGAUGAGGAGAGCAACUUCAAUCUAUACUACUUCUCUGACUUUGAGAGGCACAACGCCGAGAUUGCUGCCUUUCACCUGGACAGGGUCUUAGGAUACAGACGGAUUCCCCCGGCCGUUGGGAGACUGGUUGACGUGGUUAAGGAGAUCAAAGACAUCACCACCGACCACAGACUGGCAAAGACCUUCUUCACCUCCCCUGUGGGCAAUGUGUGUUUCUACGGCCAGUGUUCCUACUACUGCAGUACGGAGCACGCAGUGUGUGGUCGACCCCACGAACUAGAGGCCUCCCUGGCCGUGAUGCUGCCUGACCCCUCCCUGGCCAAGCGCCACAGCUGGAGGUCACCAUGGAGACGCUCCUACAGCCGCAGCAAAGUGGCAGCAUGGGAGACAGACUCACAGUACUGUGACACAGUGAAGAAGACCGCACCGUACGACAAGGGGACCAGACUGGUGGACCUGAUUGACCUGACGAUAUUAGACUUCCUUAUGGGCAACAUGGACCGACAUCACUAUGAAACCUUUGAGAAGUUUGGCAACAACACGUUUCUUCUGCACUUAGACAACGGGAGGGCGUUUGGACGCCAUUCUAAAGAUGAACCGUCCAUCCUGGCGCCCCUGGAGCAGUGCUGCAGGAUCCGUCGCUCCACACUCUCGCGUCUCCGUCUGCUCUCCUUGCCACAGUAUCGUCUCAGUGAUGUCAUGAGGGAAUCUCUUUCCCAUGAUCCUCUGUUCUCCGUGGCCCCUCUCCUCUCCGAGCCGCAUCUGCUCGCCCUGGACCGCCGGCUAAAUGUCGUGCUCCAAACCGUGCGUGAUUGCCAGAGAAGGCAGCGUAGUCGCCGUGGGGAAGGAAGUGAUGUAAUCUAUGAUGACAUCAAUGAUUAUAAGAAAUCCGUCACACCUGUCACACCUGCAGGGUAGGGUGGCCUCACCUCCUUUAAUUAACAAAGAUUUAACUGUGGAAAUGACAUCACCACACAUCGUCAUGGCGAUUUGAAUUUGUUUGGGACGUCAUCAGAUCAGCAGCCCACAUGAGUGAUAAAAUGACAUUUGGAGACAUUUUAGCACCAAUUUGCCUUCUGACUGUUAGCAAGAGGAUUUGUGUAUUGAUUGUGUAGCUCCAUUAGAAUCAGCUACUCUUCCUGGGGUCCAUACAAAGCAACACAUACAAUAGACAAUACAUCUGUAAUUCUCACAAUAGUAUUUCUUAUAUAAACUAGAAGAAAAGCAGUCAUGAAAGGGGAUCCCAGACUACAGAUCCUGUUUCAGAUGCAACCACUUGUCUUGUCCAGUCCAGACACACAGAGAUGUUAUGUGAUGUUUAAAUUACUGUCUUCAUUGAUCAUAUGACCGAUGGAAAAUAGUAGAUUAUACUGUGUAAUUUAAACCAUGGACCCUAUUCAGUAAAGCCAAGACCAGUUUUAGGAUAUACAUUAAUCUGAUAAUCAUAGUUGUUUUCUUGGAGAAACUAGGGUCUGAAUCCAAAUGGUGCUGUAGAAGACCCGUGCCACAGGAGUUAAAAAUAAAUAGGGAAUAUCUCUGAUUGGUGGACAAUGCUCUGUCUGAAAUGGCCUCGACAGCUUCAUUACCUCAUAACGUGAAUAUUCAGUGGAAGGAAUUUGAUCCAAAUCCAGACAUGAAAUACUACAUCAUGGAUACUUAUCAGAAAGCACUGUAUUGUCCAGAAGAGGUCGUCCACAGUCUCCAUUUCUGUUUGUUAGGGUUAUAGAAAUACUGACUAAUGAAAUCAGAUCAAAUAUUUAUAUCCAGACGUUACAUAUCGAGGGCUAAACAAUAAAUGUAUACUGAGGAUCAUAACUGCCAUUGUUCAUUUCAUUUGACACAAACUAUUUUAAAGUCAUAGCAUAUCUUACUGAAUCUCAGCCAAACAACUACAUUUCUAUUGGACAAACACAUAGUUUACUCUUCCUGAUGGCCCAGCAGACAACCCCCAGCUUUGAGAAAACCUAUUCACUUUAACCCUGUAAUGUCAUGACUUGAUCACCGGGUGGCAGCACUGGGACAGUUGAAUUUUACAGCCGUAUACU